UCAAGCUAGUCUGUACUUGUAUAUAUAUAAGUGUCUCCACUAGUUGACAUUGUUGACAAUGCAGGGUUCGGUCAGUUGAUCGAUCAUCAUAGACUGCUUCGCCACAUUAUUGUAGUAUAGGCUAGCUUGUAGCUUGACAAUGUACGCGGUGCGUGGCAUGUGUUGGUAGGAAGUGUCUGUGCUAUACUAUACUGUACCGUGUGCAGUUUACUUGACGUAUAUACGUGUGAGUUGGUGAUUAGUUAAGUUGAUGCGUGCAUGGAGCAACAAGGGCGGGAGAUCAGCGGGAUGAUGAGCCUGUGCGGGCGGCGGGCGCGGGCGGAGACGCGGCACCCGGUGUACCGCGGCGUGCGGCUCCGCGCGGGGAAGUGGGUGUCGGAGAUCCGGGAGCUGCGGAAGCCCAACAGGAUCUGGCUCGGCACCUACCCGACGCCCGAGAUGGCCGCGGCCGCCUACGACGCCGCCGCAUUGGCGCUGCGCGGCGCGGGCACGGCGCUCAACUUCCCCGACGCGGCCAGGUCGCGCCCGGCGCCGCGGUCCGUGUCCGCCGACGACGUCCGCGCCGCGGCCGCGGAAGCCGCCGCCUCGUUCGCCGCCGUGGCCACCAGCGCCUGGACGACGACCACAGAACGGAGCAGCGACGACCAAUACCAUCGUCCCCAUUGUAAUCAGCUGCGUGGCGGUGGCGACGUGAUGGGCGUGGUGGACGAGGACGACGUGUUCGAGAUGCCGCGGCUGAUGGCGAGCAUGGCGGAAGGGCUCAUGAUCAGCCCGCCGGACGGCGGUGCCGUGGCGCCGUAUUAUGACGUGCUGCAGGUUGAAGACGAGGGCGACGCGGCAGCUGUGAGCUUGUGGGAUCACGCAUGAUCGGUCACAUGGGACCGGACGCCAUGACCACCUGGUGGUGGAGUGGAGAUGUGGGGACGUGAUGUGGACGGAGGAAUAUAUGUGUUGUCUUGUACUCCUAUAUAUGUACGCUCUCUGUGAUUGCACGCCCUGUACGUACGUAGCAUGGAUGUGAAAUAGAUGAUGGGGACACGACGCGGAUACAGACAUAUACAGUCACAGUGCCCCUGUCAUUAAGGAUCUUUUUUUUUUACUUUGAUCGAGUAUAUGCGUGUUUGUACUGACAAAAAGAAUCACUGCAUCAUACGGGGAUCCCGGUUUUAGAAGAUUGGACUAAACACAACCAUCAACCCGUACCUGAUGCUGAUUCUUACGUGUCUCGCACCUUUACCAUAACGUACACCUGUAUAGCCAA